AUGCUGCGUCAUGUCAUCGGGUUUGUCACGACGAUCAAGACUCAACAGGUGCGGAAUGUCUUCCUCGCCUACACCGUAGACCAAAACUGGCACACAAACUUCUUGGGCAACGCAUCGUCAUGCAUGGCGAAACGCGCUUUGAGUGGCAUGGAGAACGUGUGUGUCGUCUUCGAGAAUUCUCUUGCUCGUCCAGAUUUUCGACAGAAACUUGUGGAUUUAGGCCGUCGCGAUGGUAGUACAGGCGUCCGAAUGCUGCACCUCUCCACAUUGUUGACGACGUGCGAGCAAGCGGCAUCGGCAGUAUAA